CAAUCGAUAUUGGGUUUUAGAAGAAAAGGCCUUUGCAAAAAUUUAUCUCAGAACACAUCCAUGAGUGUAGAAAAGAAAAACAUUUUGUUUAAAAUUUUAUAAAGAAAAGUUAUCAUUAACAUCUCCAACACAAUGGGUUCCCGGUCACGUAGUCCAACGCCCAAGCGGCGGCAUCACAAAAGUAAACAUAAAAAACGCAGUAAAUCACAUCACAGCGAAAGGAAACGAGAAAAAGAUUCUGAGGUAUACUAUGAGUAUGGCCAGGGCAAAAAGGAGAGCAGGGAUAGGGAAAGGGAUAGAGAGCGUGAACACAAUCAUCAUCAUCAUAGGUCCAGCAGGAAGAGAUCAUCUUCAACGACUUCCACGAGUUCAUACACAGACAGUGAUUCGCACAGCCAUAGAAGUAGUCGUCACAAAAGAAGCCGCUACAAGAAACUGGAUGAGGUGGAACGUUUGGCCGAAAUGGAAAGACAGAGAAGGCAAAAGGAAGCCGAACAGAAAAUAAUCGAAGAAGAAGCAUCGAAACGCAUAGAGAUGCUUGUGAAAAAACGUGUGGAGGAGGAACUAGAAAAGCGACGAGACGAAAUCGAGCAAGAGGUUAAGCGUCGCGUUGAAGAAGCCAAAGCAGAAAUGGAACGCGAAAUGAUGCUCGAAUUAGAGCGUAGGCGUGAGCAAAUACGCGAAGAAGAACGCCGCAGAGAGGAAGAGGAGAAGAAGAAACGGGAGGAGCUAGAAGAAAUUUUGGCUGAAAACAAUCGCAAAAUCGAAGAAGCCCAGCGUAAAUUGGCUGAGGAACGUUUGGCCAUUAUUGAGGAGCAACGUUUGAUGGACGAAGAACGUCAGCGUAUGCGCAAGGAGCAAGAGAAACGAGUCAAGGAGGAACAGAAAGUCAUUUUAGGGAAAAAUAACUCACGACCAAAACUUUCAUUCUCAUUAAAACCAGGCGCCUUAUGAGUUUUUUCUGUUUAGUUGUUUAUUCGAUUUUCAUUAUUUUUUUCGUUUCGUUUCCAUUUCAAAUGUUGUUCUAACGUGUUUUUAAGUUCUUUAUUUUUUCCUUUUUCUUCUUUUCAGUUUUAGUUUCAUAGGUUUCAUAAUGUUUAAAUUAUAAAAAGAUUUGACAUAAUUUUUUCAAAUCUUAAAAAAAAAAAACAAAGAAGAUGCUUUCUUUUUGAAAAUUAAGAAGAAGAAAAAAGAUGCCAACUUGUAUGUUUAUUUUGUUUAUAUUUUUGCAAUUAGAAAAUUUUGCAUGGAAAAUAUAUUUCUGUGUAAAUAUAAGGCUCUAGGUAAUUAAGACAUCCAAAACCAAUUGAUAAACAUUGACAAAUAAGCCUGGGUCGUCUUCGAAUAACAGUUUUUUUUAAUUAAAAAAAUAUUCCUUUCAAACAAAAACAUGAAAAAAUUGAGAUUGAACUUUUUUAGUCUGAAUAAAUGAAAUCGAUUCCAGCAUGGGAAAUGAAGAAGAAGUAUAUUUGUAAUUAAAAAAUUGAAUAUUUAAUUGUAGCAAUCAGCAACUUUUGAUAAUUUCUCACAAUAAACAUAUGAACAAUCGUUUUUUAAACACACAUUCUUAAAUCAAACAUAAA